AUGAAGAGCAAGAAGCCUAGCCAGGGUCGCCAAAAGAUUGCGAUUGCCAAAAUACCAAAUAGAAUCAACUUACAAGUCACAUUCUCAAAGCGUUGUUCAGGACUCUUCAAAAAGGCUAGUGAGCUCUGCACACUCUGUGGAGUUGAGAUUGUGAUCGUAGUCUUUUCUCCGGCUAACAAGCCAUUCUCUUUCGGCCAUCCUAGUGUUGAGAGCCUCAUCGACCGCUUUCUUACUUCAAACCCUUCAUCAUUUUCUAGUAGUACUCAUCAAGCUCCAUACUGCAGGGAGGUUAGUAUUGAACAUAAGCUCAAUAUGCAGCUAACGCAGAUUCAAGGUCGCUUGGAGGCUGAGAAACAGCGAGGCGAAGCGCUUGACAAGAUGAGUGAGGACAGCAAGAGAUCAAGUCAGUGUUGGUGGGAAAACUCCAUUGCGGAACUUGGAUUGGAUGAGCUCCAGAUAUUGAAGGCUGCAAUGGAGGAGCUCAAGAAGAAUGUGACUGAACAAGUUCACCAAAUGAAUGACCCUUGCAAUUCUUCGGUACCAUUCUUAAUGAUGAAUGGUUUUCAAACUGAUCAUCAUCUUUCUGAUAGAAAAGCUGUUGAGAAUGGAUCACAUGGUUCCAUGAUCCAUCCUAGUGCCUAUAGCUUUGGUUAUGGACAUGGCUUUUUCUGA